AUGCCACCCAAAGCGUACGUCCCCCAGACUGCACGACGAGCCUGUAAUUCGCCUCGUGGCUGACGGGGUGGUGCUCUCCCUCGACGCGCACCUCUCUCGCUCGGGUCACUCAGUGAUUGGGAAAAGUGUAAGCGUGCAUAUCGUGCACUUGGCCGACUCCAAGCAACGAUACUGACACCGUCCGUUUCGGCCCACAGACGAGAAGCCGGUUGAUGCCAAGCAAGAGGACAAGAUCAAUCGUCAGUCGCCCGUCGUCAGCACGGAUCAGCAAGCGCUUCGUCAUCGCCUCGCCUCGCCUCGCCUCGCCAGCGCCAGCGCCUGCACGCUAGCUUGUACCUGUGCACGCUGACAUCUUGGCCUGCACGACCUUCUUUACAGCUCUGGACGAGCAGGACAUUCAGAUCUUGAGAACCUAUGCAAGUCCUCGUACUUUUCGUCCCUCCAGCGAGCCCCACGACUGACCCGAUCCUCACUCCUUCCAUCCCCAGGGCCAAGGACCGUACGCCAAGCAACUGAAAAAGGUCGAGAACGACAUCAAGGAUGCUCAGAAGCGCGUCAACGAGAAGAUGGGUCCGUCGCUGCCACCUCGCAUCCCCUCUUUCUCUCUCCCUUCCUCCACCGACUGACCCGACCCACCGAACCCUGUCCGUCCCACAGGCGUCAAGGAACUCGACACCGGUCUCGCACCCCCGAACCUAUGGGACGUCGCAUCAGACAAGCAACGCAUGGGCUCCGAACACCCGCUCCAAGUCGCGCGCUGCACCAAGAUCAUCCGUCUCCCCACCGGUCCCGAUGCGCCUCCCCUGCCCGUCCUCCCUCAGGGCCAGAAACCCAAUGCCGACGAACAGGACAAGUACGUCAUCAACGUCAAGCAGAUUGCAAAAUUCGUCGUCGGCCUCGGCGAUCGUGUUGCACCGACCGAUAUCGAGGAGGGCAUGCGAGUAGGGUCAGUUCGGGACGUCUCAGCCCUCACGCGCCCUUCACGGACCACAGCUGACCUUGCGCUGUGGGCAUACAGCGUCGACCGACAAGACUACAAGAUCCAAAUCCCUUUACCACCCCGCAUCGACGCCUCGGUGACGAUGAUGCAAGUCGAAGAGAAGCCCGACGUGACCUACUCGGACGUCGGAGGCUGCAAGGAACAAAUCGAGAAAUUGCGCGAGGUCGUCGAAACCCCCUUGUUGUCGCCCGAACGCUUCGUCGAACUCGGCAUCGACCCGCCCAAGGGCGUCUUGUUGUACGGCCCUCCUGGAACUGGCAAGACCUUGUGCGCACGAGCGGUGGCGAACCGAACGGACGCGACCUUUAUUCGGGUCAUCGGAUCCGAACUCGUUCAGAAAUACGUUGGAGAAGGGGCACGAAUGGUGCGCGAAUUGUUCGAGAUGGCCCGCACGAAGAAGGCGUGCAUCAUCUUCUUUGACGAGGUCGAUGCGAUUGGUGGAGCAAGGUUCGAUGAUGGUGCGGGUGGGGAUAACGAGGUGCAAAGGACGAUGUUGGAGUUGAUCAACCAAUUGGAUGGAUUCGACGCACGAGGUAACAUCAAAGUCCUCAUGGCGACCAACCGACCCGAUACUUUGGAUCCGGCCUUGCUCCGACCCGGUCGUAUCGAUCGACGCGUCGAAUUUUCUUUACCGGACAACGAAGGCCGCGCGCACAUUCUCCGUAUCCACGCGAGGUCCAUGUCCGUCGAACGCCACAUCCGCUUCGACCUCAUCGCCAGAUUAUGUCCCAACGCCACCGGAGCCGAAUUGAGAUCCGUCUGUACCGAGGCGGGGAUGUUCGCGAUUCGUUCGAGGAGGAAGGUCGCGAGUGAGGCCGACUUUUUGAAAUCGGUCGAGAAGGUGUAUAGAAGUGGGAGCAAGUUCUCGAGUACAGCGCAGUACGCGCAAUAUCAGUAG